AUGACUGCUUCCACGGGAUCGCAGGAUUUUCCCUGUGUCUUAACACUGGAUGUCCCAUUCCCCACUGCACGUCUAGCAUCGAUUGCCUUGCAGUCUUUGCAAGUCGACAAGGAACUUUCGGCCCUCGUUCGAAGAACAUUUUCCAUUUCCUCCUCAAUAGAGGGUGCGCGCGGCGACUCAGACAAGAUACUCAAGGUGGAAUAUAAGGCUACCACCAACAGGAUGCUCCGCGUGGCCUUCAAUUCAUUCAUGGAAAGCUUGAACCUAGUCGUUGAAGUGAUGGAAGAGUUGGACGCGGACGUACUAUCCACGCCCAUUGCGGCAUGA